UUAUCUCUAAAUAGUGCGCACCGCGGGGUCAAAGUGCACAACGUUGUUAGAAGACGGAGCUACUAUACUAUGAGUCAGGCGAAGAGAAGUGGAAGAGGCGACGGAAGAGGGAGAAAGAGGAGCCAUUCUUACACCAGCAACCAAGAGGGGGUGGAGGAAGGGGAGGAGACGAGCCAGACCCAAGACACCCACGACGAGAGACCCUCCGCAGGCAGCAGUAGAGCAAGGAGAGUGUUCAACAGUCUCGACAAAGAGACUGUGGAUAGAAAGGUGGGGGAGAUUGUUCGGUACCUCCUCUGUGCCGAGAGGAGAAAGGCUCCUGUCAAGAAAUCAGAGCUGAUAGACAAAGCUAUUGGCUCGGAGUUCUCCUCCUGUUUUUCCUGCUUUAUUCCGCUGGCCAAGGAAAGGCUGAGCGAGGUAUUUGGUGUAGAUCUGGAAGAGGUGAUACCUACUAAACCUAAUACAAAGGCAAAACCAGCCAAACAACAGACGUCCGUUCGCUACUACAUUCUGACGAAUCAGAUCCCAGCACACGCCAGGGAGGCUCUGUUGCCAUGUUCUCUGAAGAAUAGCGAGGAACAAGGUUUGCUCUUCUUCAUUCUGGCACUCAUCUUGUUGAAAGAUGGCUCCAUUCAGGAAGAGAGCUUGUUCAAAGUCUUACGCCACGUUGGCAUCACCAAUGGUUCCAUCCAUUCACGGUUCCAAGACGUGGACACUCUCAUUAGAAAAGACUUUGUGGAGGCCAAGUUUCUGGACCGAGAGAAGACAGUAUCUGGAGACCAGCACAGGUAUUUGCAGUGGAACUCCUCUCUAAGGACACUAUAUGAUGUGGGGACCCCUCUCUAAGGACACUAUAUGAUAUUUAUGUACCACUGGGGCCCGAGAGCACAGGCUAGCGUGGACAAGAGAACUCUGCUGCAACUGGUGGCUGAGCUCCAUGGCGACGGGAUCACCCGCUGGGAGAAGCAAUUCAAUCACAUGAUGUAAUAACCGACAGCUGGGACAAUGGGAUGUUUUACUUUAUCACUUGUCAUAAUUAUCAUAAAAAUAUUAUCACAAUGUUUUAAAAAAACGUUAACAUUGUUUUUGUGUGGUGAGAGUGGCAUUACAGAUCGUACCACUGGUCAUAAAUUAGUGGGUGUGGUCAGUUGGCCACGUGAUGAUGCAGAGCUGGCUGUGGAGGGAGGAGAGCUGUGCCAGGAGGCAGCGGCUGUGGAUUAGCUGGCUCUCAGUGAAGUCCACAAGACUCUUCCUCAGAGACACAACUCCCAGUCUACCAAACCUCUCCUCCAUCUUGGUGGGAGGAGAGAGAUAACUCGGGGGUUACAGUGAAACACUAUGAAGGAACCUCUCCUCAAUAAACAACACCUCCCCUCAUGCAUGAGAGACUGUUUACAUUAACAUCCGACUAAGUAUUAUCAUGCCCCAAGGUGUUCCUUAUUGGAGUAAAGAGUUAGCUAACCAAUGUCAUACCACCCCCUCAAUGGUUUGUAUCGGAUGGCUGCUGGUCGAGGUACUUGGUCAUGCACUAGUGCUUCAGCUACCAGCUGGUGUGUCAAACACAGUGGACUAGCAUUACAUGCUGUCAUUGGGGCAUGGCAACUUGUGGAAUAGAUACACAUGAGGCAGGUCAACCAGAUAGAGCUAGCAAGGAUGAUGUAACGAACCUCAGUCUUGGCAGUUGAGUUGAUGCCAGUGUAGCUGACCAUCGCCUCUGCUCUGACUC